AUGGAGCCAGAUAUGGCAGUGGAACUUUUUACAAAAAAUGAAUUAUUUGAGGAGGCAGGAGUGUACGCUUCAGUUAUUAUCGGUGAUGAUGACUCCAGCACAGUAGCUGGUGUUCGUAGGAAUGCUACUCACGAGAUUGAAAAGUGGUCAGAUUUCAAUCACACACUGAAAUCGUUUACCUCGGCAUUGUAUUCUAUGAAAUUGUCGCCAAAACUCAUUGAAUAUUUUUCUCGAUGCUUCUCGAGUGCGGUCAAACAGAAUAAAGGCAAUACCGAGAAAGUGAGAGCUGCAUUGGAGGCAAUAGUUCCUCACGCGUUCGGGGAUCAUCAAUUAUGUGGUGAUUGGUGCAAAUCGCAUGUAAAUAAUAACUAUAAGCACAAUAAUCUGCCGCAUGGAAAGCCACUUGCAGAUGAGGAGUUGCGUGAGAAACUACAUGCUCUUUUAUCGCGAUUUGCAAGAAACGCGGAAAAAAUCGCUCCAUGUGGUUGCACACAAGCUAAUGAAUCGUUAAAUAAUGCCGUAGCGAGCAAAACUCCAAAGGCUCGUCAUUAUUCUGCAUCGGAAUCUCUUCAUUACCGCGUAGCUACUUCAGUAUGCCAGAAGAAUGAUGGUUAUACGUAUAUAGCAAAAGUAUACAACAAGCUCCUGCUUUCUCCUGGCAGUGCUCGCACAUUAGCAUAUCGGCUACAAAAAGAUAAAAAAAGGGAGAUCAGGGCCAAGCUCUCCAAAACUAAAGAAAUCAAAAAAAGAAGACUUUAUGCAAAGAAACAACGAUCUAUCGCCACUGCAUCAAGACAGCGGCAAGAGGGAUUGACUUAUGAAUCUGGAGUAUCAUGCUACAACGUUUCAGAUUUAUUUGAGAAUACUCCACGUGCAAUGAACGAUCCCAACAAUUUUGAAAAUGAUAAUUACAGGAUAGUUUACUUUGACCUAGAAACUACAGGUCUUAGAAGUACUGACCAGAUUUGUCAAAUAGCAGCAUAUGAUGGGGUAUCAACGUUCAACGCCUACAUAACUCCAUCCAUACCCAUCUCGAGGUCAGCAUCCGCAAUAACCGGAAUGCAAAUCAUCGAUGGGGAUAUGUAUGUACACGAAGAUUUGGUACAGACAAUACCCGUGCGAGCUGCUGUGGACGGAUUUUUGAAAUAUCUUGAGGAGAUAAGCGGCAAAGAAAAUAGGGCCUGCCAGAUAAUUCUUUUAUCCCAUAAUGGCUUCAAAUUCGAUGUUCCAAGAAUAUUGUCUCUAAUUGUUAAAUUGGGAGUGAUGGAGACCUUUAAAAAAACAGUGAGCGGAUUCGCAGAUACUCUCGAUAUUUUGAGGAAUGCACUUCCAGAGAGGCGAAAAAAUAAACAGAGCUUUUCG